AUGACGCGAGAUAUUCAUGUUCACGGCCCGCGCGAUGACCAUGGCCAGGGCCAUGGUCAUAGCCAGAGUCAUAGUCAUGGCCAUGGUCUUGAUCUCACCGACGAGGACGACGUCUACGCAGCCUUGUGGGCGUCCGCCCCUUUGCCCCGACUCCCAGAAGAUGCGCCAGACCGGCUGAAGGAUUUCGCCGUUGACGUGAACGUUGACGAUCCGAGGCGCAUAUACACCAUUUAUCGCGCUGCCCGGAGACAUCUGUUUCAGAUUCUGGUUGAAAGGUACAUACACCAGAUCAGAUAUGGCUGCAGUUCUAAGAGCUGUAACACGGCUACAUGUUUCUCUUGUCGCAAGCGUCUAGCCGCCGGCGCCCCGGUGCGGAGAUACAAUGCGACCAGCGCUCGCACUUUGGCGAUUUAUAUGGCCAGCCAGGACAAUCCAGAGCAAGGCCUAUGUCAUCAUCCGAACUUCGAUCGACCUGGGCGACAGGGAAGCAGCCCGUCCAAGGGAACAGGGCGAAAGACCAAGGAUACCAAUACAGAUCUUUCCACCGACACAACCAUUAUUUCCGGCCGAAGACGUGGGCAAAGCGAUGCAUCUAGAAUUGAUUCCAAGAGCGAGCUGGGAACUGGAAGCGAUAAGGAGAACCAGCUUCCCAAUCAUGGUGUUAGGGAGCUGCAGAAAGAACCCGGACCAAAUACGUCGUUUUCCACUCAGGCUUUUGAAGAGCCUACAAAGGUCGAUCAUCGAUCAUUUGUGCAGAGUGUAUUGGGGACGGUUGCUUUCAAGAUGGUUGAAUGGCUCACCCCUAGGAGUCUAGAGGCGAUGUCGAGGCCCGAAAAUGGAGACUCAAACUCCUUUAGAGUGGAUGAGGCAGCCUCGUCUACAUUUCAUUUACCCAAGGAUGUGCAACCCCACCCGGUCCCCUUUGACCACCAGGGAAGGCAGGUUGAAGCAUCGUCGGUGGAGAAGAGCGAUGCACCCAACACUCCAGCACUCAAAGCCACAUCGCCUAACUUGGAGACCGGAUCGAUAAAGCCAAAGAUAUCCAAGCCCUCGUUUAUCGACGAGCCAAAGCCACCUCUCAGUGCGGACCCAAAACCCAUUGCCAACUCAGUCACGAAGCGCACUUCAAAGUUACCUCGGCGGAAGCUGUCGGAGUCUAAUGAAUCGCAAUCACCGAAGGGGAUUCUAAAUCUACCACCUAGAACUACGGAAACGGCUCCUGGGGUCAUGACUUUGCCACAACUCCCUUCUCUCCAACCUCGACGCAAAUUAUCUCGCCAGACCUUAAUUAAGAGCCCCUCAAUUCAUAUGCCAGAGAUGAAUCAUUUAUCGGCAGUGAAAUCUGCGCCCAUGAAGCCGGUGGCCGUAUCGAAACCGGAGCCUCACAAGAUUGAUGACACAGGCAAGACGGGCAGAGAUGCCGGGUCAGAGGUCAAAGACACCACCGAACAAAAGCCGAAGAAGCACGAACAUCCUGACCUGCUGCUCACUAAGGAUAUAUCUCCUCCACAGUCCUUGUCAUUCCUCCCUAUUGAUCUCAUAGGUUUCCUAUGUGACGUACUGCAAUUUGACGGGACAUCGGAGAGGCAUACUCUGCAGCCCCCAUCUGUCAGCCUGGAAUUGAAACAGCGGUUGGGAGACCAUUCCAAGACAGAGGCAAUCUCUCGGCUAGGGAUUGGGGCAGCGUAUCCAGCUUCAGCAAAAGAGAAGUGGAAACUAUUUAUUGAGCAGGGUUUCUUCGACGUGCUUUCAGAACCAAGCUCGCUCAUACAAUCAUUCAGCUACUGCGAUCAGCGAUUAUAUGAUAGCCAGACACUGUGGUAUAUCAUGCUGCGGCUGACUCGAGUUUCGCCUUCAGUGGUUUUGGAUAGUUUAUGGAAUGUUGCGGGCACUCUUUUCAGGCCACCCAAGGCCUUGGAAUCAAUUUAUGACUGGGCAAAAGAACAGUCGAAACAGAAGCCUCCACCCGAACCCUUAUCGAACCACGAGGCCUCGCGCAUUAUAAACAUUUGCCUUCAUGCGCUUGUAGCAACUACACCCCUUGUUUCUGAUGCGCGGCAGCUCGCAAAUAUGUCUAGAAUUCGCUCAUAUGGGUUGACAAUGCUGGGGCGGGAGACUUCUUCACUGGAGCCUAUUGAGUUGUGUCUUCAGUAUGAAGAUGCAUUCUCUAAUGAACUGGCCCUAAGGCUCGCACGCAGACUUUUCGCAUCGAUACCUACGAGACGUCGAUUUGCAGAAUUGAUGGAGCUGCAGAGCGAUGUUCCAGGAGAUGAGAAAGGUGACCCAGAUGUGUUAGAGAGUGUUUUGGCCACAUUGAGAUUUCUUGAGUCGGGAACCGGCCCUACCAUAAACUUUCCCGACACUGAGCGUGAUCUCCAUGAGAAACGAGUGCCGACUCUAAUUCUUGAUUGGGCGAGGACAGUUAUGCUUCAGGAUUGGGAUGGCUCUGCUGAAGUCCCCGCCGAUGGAGCUUUCAGUGGGGCCUUAGCUAUGAUGUCUGCGAUGUAUAAACACAGAAAACCACUGGUUUUGGGAGAUAUACACUUCCGGACCGAAUACUUCGCCGAGCGUCUCGAUCCAGUUGGGAUGCCUCUCGAGUGGCUUGCAUUUCAAACAAAUAAGAGAACUGUUCAUCUCCUCGAUCACCCAUACCUUUUUAACCCUUCAACAUUGGUCACAUACUUCCGUGCAAUAAACUAUUCCCGGAUGAACCAGGCUUAUGAAUCAGCCAAAGCUAUGACGGGCCUCAUGCACUCGACCAUGUCAGAAAGCAGCUUGAUGACCGACCAGAAUGCUCGUUUCAAACUCUUUGAGCGCCUCCGUAUUGCUACUUCGAAAUUCCUUGUCCUAGAGAUCGGUCGACAAGACGUUCUAGUUGACACGUUCAACGCUGUAUGGAGGAAAGAAGAACGCGAACUCAUGCGCCCCUUGAAGAUUCGAUUGGGGGAAGAUGCUGGCGAGGAAGGUAUGGAUUCUGGCGGUGUUCAACAAGAGUUCUUCCGCUUAGCCAUCGCGGAGGCUCUUGAUCCUGAUUAUGGCAUUUUUGCAAUUGACAACCGAACCAAAAUGACUUGGUUCCAGCCAGGAUCACCAGAGCCCCUCUGGAAAUUCGAACUGAUUGGGAUCAUAGUGUCCCUAGCUGUGUAUAACGGACUCACCUUGCCAGUAACCUUUCCCAAAGCUCUAUAUCGGAAACUCCUUGACCAUGAUGUCACCGAACUCCAUCAUAUCGCCGAUGGUUGGCCCGACCUGGCCAACGGGCUAACAUCACUUCUGGAAUGGGACGAAAAGGAUGGUUUAGUAGAAGAUGUAUUUGCGAGAACAUAUGAAUUCAGCGUCGAACAUUUCGGACAACAUGUCAGCCGCGAAAUGGGCAAGUCUACUCAGUGGCCUCAGUUUGCCGAUCGGCCUUCAUCCAACCCCACCGAUGCACCAAUGGUCACCAAUGAGAAUCGCAAUGGCUACGUUAGCGACUACAUCCAAUGGCUCACAGACAUCUCUAUCCAGCCACAAUUUGAGGCCUUCCAGUCCGGUUUCUUCACUUGCAUUGACCGACGAUCUAUCACGCUAUUCGAUCCAGACACCUUCCAAUCAGUCGUAGAGGGAAUCCAAGAAAUUGACAUAUCGGAAAUGCGCCGAGCAACUCGUCACAUUGGCUGGGAAGCUUCUCACCCAACAGUCCGAGACUUCUGGAGUAUCGUCAAGCGAUACGAUAUGGAGGAGAAGCGGAAACUCCUGGAGUUCGUGACAGCCAGCGAUCGUGUGCCUGUGGGAGGAAUGCGAAAUUUGCAGUUCACGUUGCAGAGGAACGGUGUUGACGAUGGCCAUUUACCGAGUAGUUAUACUUGCUACGGAAUCCUUUUGCUACCGGAAUAUUCGAGCAAGGAAAUUUUGCGAGAGAAGUUGGCGAUGGCGCUGGAGAACUCGAAGGGAUUUGGUUUUGCAUGA